GUUAGAAAGCACCUUGGCGGGCACAGCCUGCGACUGAACAGGCUGCCACGACAAUGCAAAUCCCAGUUUUUACGGUUGAUGCCUUUACAAACCAGCCAUUUUCUGGAAAUCCUGCGGCAGUUUGUCUGCUUGAAAAUGAGUUGGAUGAAGCUUUGCACCAGAAAAUCGCAACAGAAAUGAACCUUUCAGAAACAGCUUUCAUCAGAAAGCUGCACCCUGGAGAUGACUUUACCAAAAGUUGCUGCUUUGGGCUCAGGUGGUUCACCCCAGCCAAUGAGGUUCCUCUCUGUGGUCACGCUACACUGGCAUCGGCUGCUGUGCUGUUUCACAUUCAAAAAAAUCCAAAUCCAGUUCUCACAUUUGUGACCCUGAGCGGGGAAUUGAGAGCCAGACAAGUGAAAGAUCACAUUGUCCUGGACUUGCCACUUUAUACAGCCUACCCCCAGGUAGUUGAGGAAGUAGAAGAAUUAAUAAAGGCAGCAGUUGGUGACAUGAGUGUUCAAGAUGUCCGUUACUCUCCUGACACAAAGAACCUGUUAGUCUGCCUCAGUGACGCUUAUGAAAGGUCUGUGUUGGAAGAACUGCAAGUGAGUGCACAACGCUUUUUGUCAGCUGAAAAGACAGGAAAAGUGAAAGGGCUCAUCCUCACUCUUAAGGGAAAUUCCAGUGGGAAAGGCCAUGAUUUUUACUCCAGAUAUUUUGCACCUUGGUAUGGAGUUCUGGAAGACCCUGUUACAGGGUCUACCCAUGCUGUUUUAAGCAGCUACUGGUCAGAAAAACUGGGGAAGAAAGAAAUGCUUGCCUUUCAGUGUUCCCGCCGGGGAGGGGAGUUGAAGAUUUGCCUGCGCAGUGACGGAAGGGUGGACAUUGCAGGGCAAACUGCUGUGGUGCUGCAGGGAAACCUGACUUUCUGAAGGAACUGGCACUGAUCUCCCACACCUUCCUGGAACUCCUCUUAUGCUGAUUUUAUCUCAGCUCUAGGCAGUGAAUCCCCACUGUUGUCAAAAGUCUUUGAUUCCUUGUAGUCCAUUUUAAAAAUGGCUUGCAAAUACUUGUGAUCUUCAGGAUGCUGGGUAUUGUUUUCUUCACUCUUAAUCUUGCCACUUCAUAUAUUCACUGGCCUCAGAGGAUGCUCAAGGACAGCUGUCUUGGUUUUCUGCUUCUUGGAUUGAACUGUAAACAUUUGUGAUUGAUAAAAUAAUCAAUCUUUUCCCAGAAUCAGAAUUUUCCAUAAAAUCUGACUUCAUUUCUUUAAAAAAUAUUUUCUCUGCCAUAUAUUAAAAUGAUAGUCAUGUUCAUUAAUUUACUUGAAUCAAAAUAUGACAAGAUACAAAUAUUUUGGAAGUGUGCCUGUGGUUCUCUUAUGAGCAGCAUUUUUCAGAGAUGAAAGGCAUUGCAGUUGCAGCUUAGUCAGUGCUUCUGACGAAAGGGUUAGCAGAGAGAUUUCCAAGAUUGUAAACUCUGCAAGGAAAGGUUACUGUUCCAGCAAUGCCAGGUGCUUUGCAAAGGCUGAAGAUUUGCUCCUAAACUAAGAGUUCCUUCUGUAACUUUCUUCCUGAAGUGCCGCUUCAGAUUUUGUUCCCACAACGUGGGUCUUCUCACAUGGAUUUGUUAGGAAUUUGAACUGUUUCAGUUUCUCCAGCUGAAACUGCUGUCCCUUUCAAGUCACCUCUGUCCUGAGCUUUGCUUCAGUUCUUUCUCUAUGCAGUGUUUCAGGGUGAAUUGUUUUAAACUCAAAGACACUUCCAUACUGUGGGAACAGCUGGAUGUCAGCCCCUUAGAAAUGAGGAGGAACUUAGUUGUGCCAAGUUCCCUUAUUUCCAGGUAUUUUGAGUUUUAGCAUAACUUGGAACUUAGAUCUUACUGAAGUCUGAGGAGCUGGAGACAAGCAACAUGCUCAAAUUGCCUGUUUAUCCCUAAAUUCAGAUUUUCCCUUUUAAUCGCCAAAUCCCUCACUUUCCCCCAAACAUACCCCUUUAACCCUAAAAUUGAUAUUUUUGCUCCAAAAUAACAGAAUUAUGUCUCAAAAUCAGGAGCCUUAUCUGUUGAUUAAAGACACAUUUCUGUAUAGCCUCCCA